GGGUAUCGCGGAGAUCGCGAAGUCUGUUAUUGUGGUAUGUAUCAUAUCUGUCACUCUUAGCGUAAUUUUCACUGGUAACACUGACGAUCGAGGUCGGCUAGUGAUAUAGGAGACGGGGGAGAAAGAUGGCGGGUACAAGUGGAGACAGGCGAUCUGAGUGCUGGGAGGUAACAGGUGGUGUGGCGCGUGCAAUCGCGUACAGGAUACUCUUGGUAAGCGAAACAUAUCUAUAUAUUCUGAUAUUUAUAUAUAUAUAAUAUAUGGAUAUUGCAGUGACCUUGAGUUAACGACUACCCUGAGAAAGAGCUGAGUUGAAGAAUUGAUUGAUAUUCUUUGUGUGUAGCUCGAGUUUGAAUGUAACAAGUGAGGUGGCUGGUGUUUAUCGGUUUGAGUUACUGGAGGUUAAAUAUGGAGGCUGAUGGAUGAGCUGUAGGGGUUGUUGUGGAGGCUCGUCGGGGACCACAUGGUCCCCACCUCAGUACUCAUCGCAUGAGGAGAGUAUACAAGUCUGCGGGAUGCACGAUGAGUUCUCUUGUGGAGAUUCAGUUGUGCCGUGCAUCCACCGAUAAUAGCCACGGGACUUGGGGCCCUUCUAAUUUUCCCCGAGAGUGUUGAGGUUACAUUCAUAACAAAGAGAUACGAGAUUGAGAGGAGAUGGAAUUGUGCGCCCAUCGAGUGUUAAUUCAUGGUCGGUGCAGUAGCUAUAUUAUGUUGUGCUUUGUAUAUGUGUAGAUCCAUGUAGCGAGGUUAUUAUUACAUCCCCCUGAGAGUAAAUCUCCGCUACAUGUUUUGGUGUAGAUGCUUAAAAAUCUGUCAGUUGCGGUUCACGUGUUUGGAAUGAUGAGAGUUGUCGUACUCAAUGUUGAAAUACAUUCCUUAUGGUACUUGAUUUUUUUUGGUUUGGGUAUGCCCAUGGCGGUGCGUACACAUGGGAUAAUUAUGACCCAUUGUGGUGCGUACACAUAGACAGUAAUAUUACCAAGCCAUGAAGAGAAUGUGCAUAUCGCGAGUUUUUUACACGGUGAACCGGCAGACAGAGGAAUUCUUGUUUUUAUUUCAUAUUAAUCAGCAUUUAUUUGCGUAGGUUGUGUUAUAAUAUACCGUAUAAUAUAUACCGUGUUUGAAAAUAAUUAAUACGGGAGCGGUAAUUACGUUUUUCAUCUAGCGACACUGAAUUUAGUCUCUGACCACGUUCAGAAACACGCCAAUGUUUACGUUCGGUCAAAUUCAUGUGCAAGUUUAUUUAGUAAAUUUGUCACUCAGCGCACGUUUUCUGGUUAGUUUUAUUACUACAACAUUAUUUUUAUUGUGUAACGAGGAAAAUAUAUAUAUUGAAACAUUUACUUGUAUAUUAUUUUCCCCAUGGACAUUAUUUACGUUACGGAAUAUUUAUUGUGUUUGGUACGGAACGGUUAGAUAUUCGGUAUGACAGACCGACGAUCGAUUGGUCGUGUCGUGUAGAGAAUAUUUAAGAUAGAGUGAAGUUUAGAAAUUAGUCUAUGGUUUGGUUAUGGUUUAUUAGUUUUGUAAGCUUACCCGUUUUUGUGAAUUGUGAUUUGUGAUAAAAGUUUGAUAUAGAAGUAAAAACGAAUAAAAGUGUGCAAUUACUUAAUUAAGGAGUGCCGAAGAGUGGAAGUGGACUGCUAUACAAACCGUUGUAAGUAAUAGAUUUAAGGCGACUCCAUUAUGAAGUAAUAAAGUAGUUACAUUUUCAUGUAAGAACUAACAAACUUUUAUGCUACUUAAACUCGACUUCAAGUAAACGCAUUUAAUUGCAGAUUAGCAUCAAGCACAAUGCAAGAUUCACAGAAGAUUUAAAAAUAAAAUAUAUCGGUAGCUCGCAUUGCGUUCAAAAUGGACUUUCUGCUUUCCACAUUACAAUUGCGCCUAGAAAGGCUAGCGGAAGCGUUAAAGGGAGCCGCCGAGGCCCUUAACAGCAUUGAGACUGGUGUUGCAAAGGACAGGGUAAUUGCCAUAAGAAUUAACGUUAAGAAUAGAUUGUCAUCGCUCACAUCAGAUUUAGACAGAUAUUUGUCUGGGGCGACGGACAUAAAAGAAGAUUUCUGCAAUGAAUGCCGGGAUAUGCAAAUUAAAGCCGAGGACACCCUGACCGAACUAGAAGUCGCGGUAAAAUUAUACUGCCAUGAAGUAGAAAAUGGUCAUAGAACGCGUCUGCCUAAAUUAGAGCUAGGGAAAUAUAAUGGUGACAUCCUAAAAUGGAACACUUUUUGGGAUAAAUUCGCGGCUAAUGUUGAUAGUAAGGACAUUGCCAACGUUGAGAAGCUUUCAUACUUACUAGCCUCAUUAGAGGGACCAGCCCUACAAGCAGUUGAGGGUCUGGAAACGACUAACAUGAAUUACCCGAUUGCGGUAGACAUUCUCAAUAGCCGCUUUGGUAAACCUACAAAGGUCAUUGAUGCUCACAACGAUGCUUUGCAAAAUCUUGCUGUGGCGAAGGAUUCACCCGAAGAUUGUAGGCGCACUCUGAAUAUGAUAGAGAAGCAUCUGAGGGUAUUAGAGGCUUUAGGGGAGAAAGUGGAUGCUAGUUACCUUAGAGUUAUCAUACUUAAUAAAUUUCCAUCAAGAGUGGUAUACCAAGUGUGGCUUUCGUCAACCGAUGAUUCCUUUGCUGCAAUCCGGAAGGCUUUGGAUGCCGUAAUAACAGCUAUGGAGAGUUCAGCUGUUACAAACAUGGAGAGUUCUGUGGUUCCAGUAAAGUCCAGUGACAUAACGGAGAUGAGUACACCUGCUUCUACAGCAACACUACAAAUUGGAGCUGUAAAGAAAAGGAAAUGGUAACAGAAAAGGGAAGCAAUUUCAACUCAACCUAACCGGAAACGCCCUAAGAGAAUGUGCAUAUUUUGCAAUGAAGAACAUUACAGCGAGGAUUGUACCAAAUUUAACACAUAUAAGGAGAGGAUUGGGAAGCUUAAAGAUAGGUGUUAUGUGUGCUUCCAAAUAGGACACCGUGCCUCCAAGUGUACCAGAAGGAGGAAAUGUGUACAUUGCUCUAGGAUGCAUAAUAGAGCCCUUUGCCGGCAGAAGGUGCAGAGGGACAGCAGUAACCCAAGUAAAGACAACGGAGGGGAGAAGUCUGAGCAUUAGGCUUUUACUUGAUUGUGGAAGUCAACGAUCUUACAUUACAAAUAGAAUAGCAAAAUUAUUACGAAUCAAACCUGAUGGAGAAGAUUGUUUGAUGAUUUAUACAUUUGGAUCAGAGAAGCCCAGAGA